AUGACAGAACUUGUUGACAUUCUUCUCAUCAACUUCAACGCCGUCGAUUGGUGGUCGGUGGGAGUCCUGACGUACGAGCUGCUCACCGGAGCGUCUCCAUUCACCGUCGAGGGGGAAAGGAACACGCAGCAGGAGAUAUCCAGGAGGAUAUUGAGGACGACACCGCCUAUUCCAGAGUCCUUAGGUACUGAUGUGGCAGACUUUAUCAAAAAACUGCUGGUGAAGGAUCCUAGAAGGCGGUUAGGUGGAGGAGAAGAGGAUGCCAGAGAACUGAAACGGCAUUCCUUCUUCAAGAACCUCGACUGGACCAAGCUGGCUCAAAAACAAAUUCCUGCUCCAUUCAAACCUAUCAUCAAAAACGAGUUGGACGUAUCGAACUUCAGCGAGGAGUUCACCGGUAUGCCGCCCACCGAUUCGCCCGCCGUCGUACCGCCCAACUACGACAAGAUCUUCAAGGGCUACUCGUACGUGGCGCCUUCGGUGGGCGGUCGGCCGCCUUCGAACGCAGGCGCGGGGGGGAUACGGAGGGGGGCGGUGGAGCGGCCGCCUCGCAAAGACGCCGACAGCGCCUUCUUCCGGUCGUACGAGGCGGUGUGUGCACAAGGAGACCGGCAAAGAGUACGCCGUGAAAAUGGUGAGCAGGGCGAGAGAUUGCGGACAAGAGGUGAACCUGUUGCGCGCCUGUCAAGGCCAUCCUAACAUCGUCACGCUGCACGAGUUCGUCCAGGACGACACUCAUUCCUACCUGGUGCUGGAGUACCUGAAAGGCGGCGAGCUGUUCGACAGGAUACGAACCAAGUCGAAGUUCACCGAAUCCGAAGCGGCGUCCAUUCUGCGUCGACUCGUCUCCGCGACGCAUUUCAUGCACUCGCGAGGCGUCGUGCAUCGCGACCUCAAGCCCGAGAACCUCGUGUUCACUUCGAGCGACGCAGACGGUGAGAUCAAGAUCAUCGAUUUCGGCUUCGCCAGAUUGAAAAGGGAGAAGGAGGCGCUUCAUACGCCGUGCUUCACGCUUCAUUAUGCCGCUCCUGAGGUGCUGAAAGGCGAUCCGGAGGGCUACGACGAGAACUGCGACCUGUGGAGUCUCGGCGUCAUUCUCUACGCGAUGCUGUGCGGUCAUGCGCCGUUUCACGCCAGGUCGCGCGACGAGACCGUCUCCUCCAUCAUGGAGAGGAUCAAGAGCGGCGAUUUCACCUUCGAUUCGCCCACCUGGCAGGCCGUGAGCGACGAGGCCAAAGAAGUCGUGCGAGGGUUGCUGACGGUCGAUCCGGCGCGAAGGCUGCGUAUGGUCGAUUUGCAGCACAACGCUUGGAUCCAGGGCAGCCAGAGCUUCCCGCAAACGCCGCUGAUGACGCCCGACGUGUUGGGCAGCUCGGCGGAGAAGAGCGUGCAGACCACCUUCAAUGCCUUCCAUCUGGCGGAGAGAGAGGGAUUCAGAUUGCAAGACGUGCUGAACGCCAAACUCGCUCAGCGCAGGCGCAUGAAGAAGAGCUCCUCGGACAACAACAGCUCCUCCUCCUCCUCCUUCACCAGCGACAGCUCCCUCAAAAGCGCACCCCCCACACCCCUCAAACGACCUCACCACCCCGCCCCGCCCCGCCGAAAAACCGACACCGACGAACGCUCCGAGGCCACGAACGCCGACCAGCGUGUGGCCGACUCCGACCAGCGUGUGGCCGACUCCGAUGAGCGUGUGGCCGACCCCACGGAGCGCGUGGCCGACUUCCUGCACACGAUGUCGCCCGAUCCGAUCGACCCGAACGCCUCCGAUUCGGGCAGGUUGUCGGGCGAUUCGGGCGCGAUGCGGGCGUCGACCGGUUCGAGCGGGAUCGCUGUGUCCGAUAAGAAUUCGAUCGACAGCAAGAAGGGGAAGAAGGUGCGGCAGAAGCGCGUGUACGUGCAGAGCAGGCAGAGCGAGCGAAUAAGGCGGACGAGGCUGGAGAUAGACGGCGAGCCGCCCGUCGAGUUCGUCUCGCUGCCGCACAGGACCAGGAAACGCAAGGCGACCGAAGAGCCGGAAAAACCCGACGUUAGCCGAGCGAAGAAAUCGAAAGCGGAGCUGGCGCGGCGCGGCAGGAAACGGGUGCAACGGUAGACCAUAUAGUUUUGUUGUUUUUCUCCGAGUCGUAGUCGUUGUUUUUUUUAUUUUUUCUUGUUGGUUUGCGAGUAGUGUUGGGUGGGUGCAGGGAGAUUUCUUGAGAAUACUCAGUGGCGGAUUGAGACGUUUUGAAGACUGAGGCGCAAUAUAUUUCAGCGUCCUUCUCUCCAUAAAAAAAGGAAACGAUUUCUCUAGCAUUUCAAGAAUUAUUGAGAGUGUUCGAAAAAUUCUAUUUUAUAAUAAUUUCAAUGCUGAUGAUUUUUCGCUGAUGAAUAUUUAUCUGAAUCAACUCUCGAAUACAAAUACAACAACAAAAACGAAAUACUGACAUAC